AUGGGGGUUUUUGAGCUUCCUAAAGGCCUGUUGCAUGAACUCAACAAAUUGAUUAAAGGGUAUUGGUGGGGACAAAUCAAUCAAGAAAGGAAAAUAAACUGGAUUAGUUGGAAUCAGAUGGGAAAAUCAAAAAUUGGAGGAGGUUUGGGUUUUAGAGACUUUGAAAACUUUAAUAUUGCUUUGUUAGCAAAGCAAGGUUUGAGGUUAUUGCAAAACCCAAACUCACUAGCUGCCCAGGUGCUACAACUUAAGUAUUUUCCAUAUUCAGAUUUCUUUAAUGCUAAGUUAGGUAGCAGUCCUUCUUUCUUAUGGAGAAGCUUACUAGUGGUUAGACCUCUACUUCAAGAAGGAGCUAUUUGGAGGAUUGGGAAUGGAAAUUCUGUUAGAAUUUGGACUGAUAAGUGGUUGCCAACACCCUCUACCUUUAAGCCUCAAAGUGGUUUUCAGUUUUUUGAUAGAGAGGCCAAAGUGAAUUUGCUUAUUAAUCAUCAGACUAGAGAAUGGAAUAUCAAUGUUAUCAAGGAAAUUUUCUCAAAGGAGGAUGCUGAUACUAUUGUUCAAAUACCUUUAAGUCACUAUACCAGGUCUGAUCAACUGAUUUGGAGGUGUACAAAAAAUGGAAUGUUCAAUGUCAAGAGUGCUUAUUACUUGCAGGGAGAUAUUCUUAACAGCAGGCAGUGA